CAGACAGUAUACUCAAACAUGGCUGACGACCGGGAACGGGCAGAGAUACUGGUGACAGGGGUCCACAAGAGGAUCAACGAUGCGUUUCAAGUGUUUGAUCACGACCUGAACAAGACGGUCGAUGUCAGUCUGCAUUUAUAGGGAGAUCGGUGCCAUUGUUCGUUCUCUGGGCUGCUUCCCCACUGAGGCAGAGCUGCUUGAUAUCAUCGAUGAGGUGGAAGAACCCAAUGGAUUCAUCUGCUUUGAGAGGUUCCUCCCAACAAUGAGUAAAAUACUUAUGGAGAACAAGUUCCGCCCCAUACCCGAGGACACGCUGCUUACGGCGUUUGAGGUUCUUGAUCAACAGAAGAAAGGACACCUGGAACCGAAUGAACUGACAGAGUACAUGAAACAGGGAGAUGAACCUUUCACCCAGUUGGAGAUGGAGGAGAUGCUGUCUUCAGCGGUGGAACCUGACUCCAAUCUUAUCUACUACAAAGACUUUGUCAAUAUGAUGGUGCUGGAUGGGGAGAGAUGAUUUCACAGCAUUUUGAUCUCUUCAUCGUUUUUCUUUUUUAUGUUUGAACUAAUAUGUCAGCAGUAGAACCAUCAGAAAGAUUAAUCGAUUUGGAAACUCAAUUUACCACUUCUGAAGGUUAUUUACGAAAAUACGGUCACAUUUAUAUAUAUAUUAAAGAUGAAAGUACUUUUAUAACGAAUACUAAUAUCACACCAACAGAAUUUCUCCACAUUUGAUGGGUUUGUGGAAUAUCAUGUAUCAAGUCAUGGUGCGGCAAAACAAGUAAAUGAAACAUUGACUUAUUCAUGAGCAAAACACACAUUAUAUUAACAUAACGUUUGCAUGCCUGUAAUGCUGAACCCCAACUGUGGAACAUGUAUGAUUCAAUGAAUGAUCUGUAGAUUGAUAUGUUAAUGAGCACAUAAAACCAAUCCCAUGCAUGUUAAAGACAUGCAUGACAACUUAAAUUCAGUUAAAACCUGGACAAUAAUUCUUUACUUUCCGGGACAAUGCAGGAAAUGGAGGAUAUCAGCAACGAAAAAAAGCAUGAAACUCUCAAGACAUUCCCUUUUUAUACAACGCCGCCAAAUACAGAAGACAUAAAAUAUAUGCCCUCAGCAUCAUCCAAGGACAGAAACCAAAACAAAGUUCAUCACACACACACACACACACACAAACACUAGGCUUCCCUAAAAAUAGAUUUAGAAAAGACAACACAAGAUGCCCUAAACUUAAAGCCUGACCCUUAAACAUGGAGCAAAGCUUCCAUAUCAUUACCAAGAUUCAAUCGUUACAAGCAACCACAAGGAGAUUUUCAUACAUUUUCUAAUUAAGUGAAAAACUCAAAAGGUUAUCAAACAAAAGAGGUGAAAAGGGUAAACCUUUGAAUUUAUUUAAUGGGUUGUAGUUUAGCAAUGGAAUGUUAAAAUUCCCUAGCUUUGGUAAGAUGUCAAGAAUGCCAUGGAUUUCAUUGAAGAACACCUGUAAUAAAUAGAGCUAAAGAUCGACCGCUACGCUAAAUAUCCUCCGGUGCAAGUCUCCUAAAUCACAUGAAAGUAAGUCCAUUUGAAUGACUACAGCCAAGCCACAUUCAUGAGGAAUGCUAUUUAUUCGUGGUAGUCCCUGAGAAGCAAGGCAAACAGUUAAAAGGGGCUUGCAUGUUGCCCCAACAAACACAAACAUUGGAACCUGUUGGCUGGAGGUUUUCCAAUUAGCGUUGUCGAAUAGGCAUUGGCCAACAUGCUUCAAGGUGGGGGCUUGUUGUGUUUGUUGGGGCAGUGUGCUGGCACCUUAAGAUAGGAAGACAUGAAGGGAGGCAGUGGCUUCGAACUGAAAAUCAUGCAGCUCCAUCCCACGUGAUUUCACACAGAAAUCAUGUGAGCUCGAACAACAGCUAGUCUUCCUCUUUGUGUUAGGUCAAUUUAAAAAUGUGACGAUGCCUACACAGAAACAUCUGAUAUGGUUUGAUUGUGCAUGUAUCAUUUGGCUGAGCACUAUGGUCUAAGUGGUUCCUAUGAUGGUUAUGUGGAUUCAAGUCAAACCCCCCUUCACACCAACUAGCUUUCCUCUCAACUAUGCGGCGUCUGGAAGUACAGACUGCACUGGAAUCAAGAGAGGAAAACAAAAAUAUCACAAUGGCCUUUAGUUUAUCCAGCCACGAAGCUGCUGUGGACAUCGCAGUUUAUUUGGUCCUUGAAGAGUUAAACCCAUGGGUAAAAGCAACCCAUAAGUGACAGAGGUAGAGGGGUUACUUCGGACAUCAUAGUAAGCCAUAAACAGUUUUCUGUUCACGCCAUUCUUGAAUUAUUGCACUGAAAACGGGGAUCAAUGACGGUUCCUUUCAUUCUACACAAAAAUGCAUACAUUGACCUGAAAUCCAACACUUCACAUACUAAGGGAAGGCUCUUACUGGGUGAUG